AUGGAAAAUAGAUUGGAAGAACUUGCUAAACGUUUUGGCAAUAUUGAAAAUUCAUUAAACCAAUUGCAACAACAAUUGAACGGAAUUUCCAAGAAGAAAUCUGAACAAGUAACAACUUCGUUAUCAUCGUCAUCCACAACAAUAACAACAAGUGAAUCCUCAUCAUCGGCAUUGGCAUCAACAAUCAUUGAAAAUCCUAAUGCAAUCAUUCAUGAAAGUAAUUUUGAUAGAGAGGAACCGAACGAUACCGAAUUGAUAAAGAUCGUCAAGAAACAAGUACAAAAAUUAGGCUUUAAAUUUGCCAAUUUCUCUCAAGUCCCAAAGGAUUACUAUUCUAGACCUCUCGAAGCCAGACGGGAUUUGUUACAAACAGCUAGUAUGCAUCAAUUGUGUAAGAGUUUGAUAUUGGAAAAUUCCAAAUGUGUGUUGAGUGAUUGCUCUGUUAGAACAAAUUCCAAAUAUUAUUGUGUGAUUGUGCAAUAUUCAGCCAAAUUCAAUUCUAAAAAGUUGACUAAAUAUGUCAGAGAAUUGAAUCAAGGUAAAUUGGGAAAGAAACAAUUUGUUUUUAGUUUGACUGAUGCUCCAAAAGCUUUUGAAUUGACAGGAUAUGAAUUUAAUGGAGUUUCUCCUGUUGCUUUACCUGAAAAGGAAAAUAUUAACAUUCCAAUAGUUUUGGAUAAGAAGAUCGUUGAUGAACAUAAACAAUUCUGGAUUGGUGGAGGUAGUGAAGAUUGGAAAAUUUUAUUUAACACUGAUGAAUUUAUCAAGAUUUAUAAUCCAUUUGUGACAAGUAUUACUUAUGAAGGAAAUGAAAUUGAUGAAGAGUAA